AUCAGUUGAUCCAAUGAGGUGACGCCGCGUUCCGGGCCCGGUAGCUGAGAGCGAGCCGGUGAUAAGGGGAACAGAAAACGGAAAACGUGAGAGUCAAAGAGGUUCUGAAUCAAAGACAGAUAAGGGAAGCUAAGCUAAGAACCCCCCGGAAAAGCACAGUCGACACCUGCAUUUGUGUUCGGGAUAAGCUCAUCAUGGAGCGGAGGAUGCUGGCGCCGUUUCUUCUCUUCAGCCUUGUUCUGGCCAUGUUGCCCUCUCGCACAGUGACUGUCGCCGUCAUGUCCAUUGACCUGGGCAGUGAGUGGAUGAAAGUUGCGAUAGUGAAACCUGGUGUGCCGAUGGAGAUCGUUCUCAACAAGGAGUCGAGGAGGAAAACCCCCACGGCUGUAUGUCUGAAGGAAAAUGAAAGAUUUUUGGGAGACAGUGCCCUGGGAAUGUCUGUGAAGAACCCCACUACUGUUUAUAGACACCUGCAAGGCCUCCUGGGCAAAAAGUACGAUAACCUGCAGGUGGCGCUCUACCAGAAACGGUUCCCUGAGCACCAGCUUCUGGAGGACCCAGUGAGAGGCACAGUCUACUUCAAAAACUCUGAAGAAAUGCAGUUCACACCUGAGGAGCUCCUUGGGAUGCUGCUCAAUUAUUCUCGUGGACUCGCUCAGGACUUCGCAGAACAACCAAUCAAAGAUGCAGUGAUCACAGUCCCGGCCUUCUUCAACCAGGCAGAGCGCAGGGCAGUCCUGCAGGCUGCACAGAUGGCGGGUGUAAAGGUCCUUCAACUCAUCAACGACAACACCGCUGUGGCCUUGAACUAUGGGGUGUUCAGGAGAAAAGACAUUGACAACACUGUUAAGAAUGUGAUGUUUUACGACAUGGGCUCAGGCAGCACCACGGCCACCAUUGUCACCUACCAGACAGUCAAAACCAAGGAGGCUGGCACACAGCCUCAACUACAGAUCCGAGGGGUCGGGUUUGACCGUGGGCUGGGGGGCUUUGAGAUGGACCUGCGUCUCCGCGACCAUCUGGCCAAACUGUUCAACGAGCAGAAGAAGAGCAAGAAGGAUGUGAGGGAGAACCAACGGGCCAUGGCCAAGCUCCUGAAAGAGGCACAGAGGCUCAAGACAGUGCUCAGUGCAAACGUGGAUUUCAUGGCCCAGGUGGAGGGUUUGAUGGAUGACAUCGACUUCAAAGCUAAAGUGACACGGACUGAGUUUGAGGAGCUGUGUGCCGACCUGUUUGAGAGAGUGCCGGGUCCGGUUCAGGAGGCUCUGACCACGGCAGAGAUGAAGCUGGAGGAAAUAGAGCAGGUGAUUUUAGUCGGUGGCUCUACCCGUGUCCCCAAGGUUCAGGAGGUGCUGCUCAAAGCUGUGGAGAAGGAGGAGCUAGGGAAGAACAUCAACGCAGACGAAGCAGCAGCCAUGGGUGCAGUGUACCAGGCGGCGGCCCUCAGCAAGGCCUUCAAGGUCAAGCCUUUCCUGGUGCGAGACGCGGCAAUCUUCCCCAUCCAGGUGGAGUUCACACGAGAGACGGAGGAAGAGGGGUUGAAAAUCCACAAACACAACAAGCGCGUCCUCUUCCAGAGGAUGGCGCCCUACCCCCAGCGCAAGGUCAUCACGUUCAACCGCUACAGCGCUGACUUUGCUUUCUACAUCAACUACGGCGACCUCAGCUUCCUGAGUCAGCAUGACCUCAGUGUGUUUGGCUCUCUGAACCUGACCACAGUCAAACUGUCUGGAGUGGGCGACAGCUUCCAGAAGCACACAGAUGCAGAGUCGAAAGGCAUCAAAGCCCAUUUCAACAUGGAUGAAAGUGGAGUGCUGCUGCUGGACCGAGUGGAGUCUGUGUUUGAAACUAUUGUGGAAGACAAAGAGGAGGAAUCAACAUUAACUAAGCUGGGUAACACCAUUUCCACCUUGUUUGGAGGAGGAUCAUCGGAACCCUCCUUGAAUGCAACUGAACCUGUCCAGGAUGAGGAGGAAGUGCCUCCAGAGUCUGAAAAGGACGGCAAGGAGGAGGAAGGUAAAGCUGAAGGCGAGAAGGAAGAGGCUGCCAAAGAGAAGCAGGAAGAGGCAGAGAAAAGUGCAGAUGAAGAGACUAGUCAGGAAAAGACGGAGGAGACUGGUAGCAAGACUGAUGCCAAGGAGGAGGAUGGAGAAAAAUCUGUCAACGCGGAGGCGGAGAAGGAUGCAGAGAAGGAUGCAGAGAAGCAGACCAAACCUCAAAAAAAGAGCAAGAUUGCUGAAGAGAUCACAGUGGAACUCGUCAUCAACGACAUCCUGGACCCCACGCUUGAUGAUGUCACUUCCUCUAAGAAAAAACUGCAAGAUUUGACAGACAGAGACCUGGCGAAACAGGAAAGGGAGAAGUCCUUGAACAGUCUAGAAGCAUUUAUAUUUGAGACGCAGGACAAGCUGUACCAGGAGGAUUACCAGCAGGUGGUGUCAGAGGAGGAGAAGGAGCAGAUCUCCUCCAAGCUGAGUGAGGCGUCCGAGUGGAUGGACGAGGACGGCUACGCGGCCACCACAAAGCAGCUGAGAGAGAAGCUGUCUCAGCUCAAGAGCCUGUGCAAGGACAUGUUCUUCAGGGUGGAGGAGCGACGCAAGUGGCCAGACCGCCUGGCUGCUCUGGACAGCAUGCUCAACACCUCCAGCUUCUUCUUGAGGAGUGCCAAACUUAUCCCAGAAGAUGACCAAAUCUUUACUCAAGUUGAACUGAAUACGUUAGAGAAAGUGAUAAAUGAAACGGCGAAGUGGAAGAAUGAAACUGUCGCAGCGCAGGAGAAAAACUCUCUGACGGAGCGGCCCGUCCUGUUGUCCAAAGACAUCGAGUCCAAGCUGACUCUUCUGGAUCGAGAGGUGAACUACUUGCUCAACAAGGCCAAGUUCGCUAAACCCAAAGCUAAAGCCAAAGCCAAGAAUGGCACCAGCUCUGGUAAAAGCAGCAAAGGUAACAACACGGAGGACAAAGUCAUCCCUCCCACAGAGGAGAGCACCGACACAAAGACUGAGAACUCUGAGGAGGUGCAGCCAGGCCAAGCGCCGCCCACUGAAGAGAGCACUGAACACACAGGCUCAGACAGCCAAUCACAGCCCACAGAAGAAACCAAAACUACAGCACCAGCAUCAGGAGAAGCCCAACUUGAAAACCACAAUGAAUUGUAACAACUGGAAGAAAGAAAAUCAUUAUUUAUUGACAGUAUAUAAAUAUUUGGGUUGCUCCGCACUGUCUUUUUUUUUAUUUUUUAAAUCUUUGUCCUUUUUUGUUUUUCGAACUGCUGGAAGCUGAUUGGAUAAGGAUUCAGACCACUCAGUCUUGCGUCCCCACCCCUUUUCUGUUCGCGCUGUUAACCUCUUCGAUGGACUCUAUAAGCAACGGACACGGAAACACCAUGAAGAAGCACUUAGAUAGAAAUAUAGGCCAACACUGUAGAUGAAAUCCCUUCUGGUGUGCUGAUGGACAGGGGGCGUGUGCAGUGCUUGUUUGAACUAUGGACUCAUGACAAGUCGCACUGCUGUGAUCUGGUUUUUCCUUCAUGAACUUGAACUUUGUUUUCUGCCCUCUCAUCGACUACACUGUUUGUCCUACCACCUGCUCCUGUUCUCCUUCUUCAUGGUGGAGUAAACUGCACAAAACGCUCUUCGUCACUGUCCUUCAGAGGAUGCUCAAGGCUUCCCAAUCCACCAUUGAGUUGGAAACUUAGUUGGCGACUGUAUUCGUAAACCACGACAGAAAGUGGAAGCCCUUUACUUUGAAAGAGGAUUUGCUUUAUAAUAAUUCCAAUCUGUUUAAUCAUAACCUUAAUUACAAGCCCUAACUAUUGAUAGAAUAAUGGGAGGUCACACAAAAUCACUGAAGGGCUUUUAGGACCUACAGCCUAUACCAAGAUGUCGACUAUAAAGGGAUUGCUUGUUUCCGGAUAGAAGUCCAUCAACCCUCUCAUGUCUAAAUUUCCUUUCCUUAUUAUUGACCACGCAAAUGAGCAGUGUUAGUGAUGGACCCCUCAGCUGUGCACACUGAGCUAGUGCUUUACUUUGACAUGCCUUGGGGUGCACAUUCUUUCUCACAUGUUGGUUCCAUUUUUCCGUUACAGCAGACUAGGGGGAUUUUGGACUCUAGGUUGGCUGUGUGCUUCUAUGUUUGCAACAAAAUAAAAAGUCAGAAAAUGGGAGAUGCAACACUGUUGUGUUUCUAAACUGUUAAUUAAAAAUCUGUUUUUAAUUGUA